AUGAGUGAUACUGGAUUGCCCUCGCCAUGGACCGUUCGUUACAGUAGGUCCAAGAAACGUGAAUAUUUCUUCAACCCAGAUACCAAGCAAUCAAUAUGGGAAGAGCCAGAAGGUACAAAUCACUCACAAUUGAAGCAGUACCUUUCUGAACAUCCUGUUCGUGUUAGAGCUCUGCAUAUUCUCGCGAAGCACUCAGAAUCUCGUAGACCAGCUUCACAUAGAUCGGAUCACAUUACUCUGCCCAAGGAACAAGCCAUACAGGAAUUGGAACAGUUACAAAAUAGAAUUGAAAGUGGUGAAAGCUUCGAAUCAUUAGCAAAGGAACGUUCCGACUGUUCUUCAUUCAAACGUGGUGGUGACCUAGGUUGGUUUGGUAAAGGUGAAAUGCAACCUACUUUCGAAAAGACAGCAUUCCAUUUAAAUGUUGGUCAAGUAAGUAGUAUUGUAGAAUCUGACAGUGGUGUUCACUUGAUUAAACGAGUGGGCUAA